AAUACACGGUCGUCACCGGCGCCAAAACAGUACAAGGGAGAAAGUUUUGUCGUCCUCUUUGUUUCUUUCUCGUUUUGUCCCUCGAAUUACUGUAACGCCCUGUUUACUAUAAACCACGAUGAGGAGAGCAAGAAGUUCAAGAAAUAAAAGCCAGCAGAGUGCAGCAGAAAACGGUGACAGUGAGUCUAAAACAGUGUGGCAGUGGCAAGGAGAUGAAGGACAGUGGGUGUCUUACCCACCCUCAGACUGCACCCUGUUGGACUCUGCUGUCUCCUCAGGGGAAACCUCUGUUACCUUGUCUCUUGGUCCUGGGAGGACCUAUGAUGUCGACCUGAAGAAGAUGGUUCAGAUAAAUCCAGUCACAAAGUACAAGAGGAAGAUUCGCUCUCAGAUUGUAAAAACAGAAAGUUUAAAUGAAGGCAAUGAAUCAGUUGCUAAUAAUGGGACACCAGCUGAAAUCAAACAGGAAGAGGAGGAGACUGAAGAGCAGCCGGCAGUGAAAAGGAAAAGAGGCCAAAGCAAAACUCAAGUAAAAACUGAAGAAAUGCCUAAGGAAGAAAAGAAGACUGGAGAGGUUGUGAAGACUGUGGUCAUGAAGGGAAAAGCUCCUGUGGACUCUGAAUGUAAAGCCAAACUUGGAAAGGCUCAUGUUUAUAGUGAAGGAAAUGAUGUUUAUGACGUGAUGCUAAACCAGACCAAUUUGCAGUUCAAUAACAACAAAUAUUACCUGAUCCAACUGCUGGAAGAUGAUAGUUCCAAAGCUUACAGCGUUUGGAUGAGAUGGGGCAGAGUGGGCAAAGUGGGUCAAAACAGUUUGACAGCUUGUGGUGGGGAUCUGUUGAAAGCCAAAGACAUCUUCAAGAAAAAGUUCCUUGACAAGACAAAGAACGAGUGGGAACACCGGGCAAGUUUUGAGAAAGUGGCUGGAAAGUAUGACAUGGUGAUGAUGGACUACAGCACGGAUCAAAAGGAGCAGAACCAGACUGAGGUGGAUUCUGCGCCCAAAAAAAAGACCUCUAACCUGGAUGUGAAGGUCCAGUCACUUCUGGAGCUCAUCUGUGACCUGAAAGCCAUGGAGGAGUGUGUCCUGGAGAUGAAGUUUGACACCCGGAAAGCUCCUCUUGGCAAACUGACCUCAGAGCAGAUCCGUGCAGGCUACACUGCUUUGAAGAGAAUCGAGGACUGUUUGAAGAAGAAGGGCAGCAAUCGUGAGCUGCUGGAGGCCUGCAACCAGUUUUACACUCGCAUCCCUCAUGACUUUGGCUUAAAAACGCCACCAGUCAUCCGCACUGAAGAGGAGCUGAAGGAAAAAAUUGAACUGUUAGAGGCGCUUAGUGACAUCCAGAUAGCAGUAAAAAUGGUUCAGUCCAGUGAAGCAAGUGAUGAGCAUCCUCUGGACAGACAAUACAAGUCCAUGCAAUGCAAACUGCAGCCUCUGGACACCAACACCAAAGAAUACCAAGUGAUAGAAAAGUACCUGCAGUCCACUCACGCCUCCACCCACCGUGAUUACACCAUGACUGUGCUUGACAUUUUUUCUGUGGACAGAGCAGGGGAGAGUGACAACUUCCUCUCACAGCUGCACAACAGGACUCUGCUGUGGCAUGGGUCCCGUUUGACUAACUGGGUGGGCAUCCUCAGUAAGGGGCUCCGAGUGGCCCCACCUGAAGCACCCGUCACUGGCUACAUGUUUGGUAAAGGUAUCUAUUUUGCUGACAUGUCAUCAAAGAGCGCCAACUACUGCUUUGCCAAUCAGCAGUCCAAUAAUAUUGGAAUGCUGCUACUGUGUGAGGUUGCCCUGGGAGACUCUAACGAGCUGCUGGACGCUGACUAUGAGGCCAAUAAUCUGCCUCCUGGAAAACACAGCACCAAAGGCCUGGGACAGACCGGACCUGACCCCAAAAACUCUGUUAUCCUAGAUGGUGUGAUCGUGCCGAUGGGACCAGGGGUGAAGACGGGGGCGGGUAAAACCAGUGGAUACUCCCUCCUCUACAAUGAGUUCAUUGUUUACAAUCCUGCCCAGACACGCAUGAGGUACCUGCUGCGGGUCCAGUUCAACUACUCUUCACUGUGGUGAGGCUGUGGAUGUCAUGUCAUUGUUCUCGGGUUUAGAAGCUGUCAUUUUGUAGAACGUAUGUCAAACAAGAGGAACAAGCUACUGUAACUGGUUUUUGUAUUUUGGAAAGGCAGGUAUCAUGCAAGGGGAUAUGAUAAAUGUAAAGGUUAUACAAUUAUAUGAACUGACAGGCAGUAGAAUGACAAAAUUUCUCCCAUUUUCACAUUUUUUAACUGGGUUUUCAAUUCAGGUUCCCAUUCCUAAUUUAUGAAGGCUUCUCAUUUGGUAGUGGGAGUCAACGGUGAAGAUUAAUUCCUUGAUAUGACAAAUAUCUUGCACUAUUUUCUCUCUGUGCUGCUUUGUAUUACAUAUGUCUUAGUAUAAGUUGUGUCAUGCUGCUUUAAUAUCAUUUUGGUUUUCUCCUGUGGCUCUGCUUAUCUCUCACAUAACCUUACAGAUGUGAUGAAUUUCAUGAUUCAACAGAUUUGAAUGAAAUAAUCUUUAGCAUGGAUUGACUUUACUUAGCAGGAUUGCUAUCGAUUGGGAAAACACUAGCACAGCUUUAUGUAGUAAAUGUACAAUUUUUACAGCAGUUUUUAUUUUUAUAUGUAAAACAGACACAAUGUUCUGUAAAAAUACUGACCAUCAUUCAUUCAUUGUUUGUCACAAACAGGAUACAGUUACACUAGAUACAGUACAUAAGAAUAAUAAUAAAGAACAUUGUCAUUGCG